AUGGUGGACAACACGGCGGCGGCGUGGGCCGAGAUCGAGGCCAUCAGCGACAACGUCCGACGGGCGCUCGAGUGUCCGAUCUGCUUGCAACUGGCCCCGAACAUGACGUGCCCGUGUCCGAACGGGCACCCCAUGUGCCACACGUGCGCCGACAUGAUGUCGAACCAGAACGUGAUGCAAAAGUGCCCGAUGUGCCGGUCGCCAAUAUUCGGAAACGACGGCACGCUGGCGUUCGUGACUGCCAUUAAAUUCGACCAGAUCAAGGCCUCGCUGAGAAUGGCGUGCGCGCAUCGCCGGUACGGGUGCAACGAGCUGACCGCCAUCCCGGACAUGAUCGAUCACGAGCAAUUCUGCCGUUACAAGCCCACCGUAUAUUGCAAAGUAUCCGGAUGUCAAUGGCUCGGCGUCCACGACCAGUUGUUCGGUCAUGUGCUCGACGUUCACCCCGCCGUCGUCAUCGACACAGCGGUACAGCCAUUAUAUUCGCGAUACCGUUAAAAUCACAUUUUAAUACAGAAAUCGCUGCGAAAAAAAGCUGGCCUAGGAUAAAUGGGGACGGACGCAGCCACUGUUGUAGGUAGGAAGUCCAGAAGAUAGGAUGUAGACGGGAAUUUAAUGUAUAUCUAUCUAAUGUAAGCAACGGUUAACCAUUGCUAACGAAAAACCGAUUCUAAGCGGUAUUCGGUUGAUAGUGUGGCUUCGUCAACAAUAUAUAUAUAUAAGUAUGUGUGUCAUAUUUUGGUAAAAUAAUUACAUGUGCAUAAAACAUUUUCUUUAAUAAUAUUUAUUUAAUAUCGUACCUAUUUUUCCGGUUUUCCCUCAUUUUGAGCUACCUAUUUGUUAGAAUUUGACAAUUUCAAAUUGUUUUGGUUUUUAUUUGGUUUUAUGUAGAUAAAAUUGUUUGAUAAAAUAUAAAUGCUCGAACAUUUAAAACAAGACUCAUUAUACGAUGUACUUACGGAACUGAUAAAAAAAAAAAAAGAAUUGAGCUUUGAACGUUGUAGUUUUUUUUGUUAUAAGCUUUUUAAAAUCAAACUUUGGCGAAAAUCGUAAAAAUUAUGAUUUGAAAUGUAAAAAAAAAAAAAAAAACGUAUUUAACCGAACUUGAAAUAUUAAAAAUCAAAUAUUAUGAGCCACUAUAAUUUAGAGACAUAAAGUAGAUACCUACAUUCCUUGUUCAGUGUUCUAUAACAUAUUAUUGCGUUAACACAGCGUUUAUCAAAGAAUAUUUUGAGUAAAUAAAUUUGAUUUCGAUUUUCUCCAAUCAUUAUAAAAUCGUGUUUAAUCUUACCCCGCUUAAUAUUUUAAAUGAGAAAAAUUUGUUUUGGAUGGAUGAAUAGGUGUAACCCCUUUACGCCGAAACUACCGAACGAAUCGAGCUGAAAUUUUGCAUGGAUAUCUAGUUCCAGACCAAGAAUAACACACUGUAGACUAAUUUUCCCGUGUAUUUGACCCCCCUAAAAUAGGGUCUGAUACAGGUAUUUUUGAAACGGAAAUAAAAUUAUUAUUGUCGACUUAUGGAUUACUUGGCCGACACCGAUAAAAAAAAAAAAUCAAUUGAGAAGCUAAGAUGCGCCUUUUAAAAACAAUUAAAUAAUUUACCAACAACGGUUAACUGUGUUAGGUACGGGGUAGACAUGGGGAGACGGAUAAAACUGUACAGGACAGUUAUUCACGAACAAAAGAAAAUGCAUUUUUAAAAUGUAUAGGCAACGAUGGUUAACUGCAGUGAUUGAGACGGGAAUGGGAGCGCGGAAUCACGGGGAAACAUUUGUUUUCAUUCAAAACUGACACGGGUGGCACAGCUAGUUUACAAUAUCUAUAAACCUUCACCCUUAUAUCUUUCCGUUUUAGAUUCUGAAUGGAGUGAAGAAGCUAAUGGUUUUAAAAAGAUGUUUUUUUUAUUUUCUAUUUUUUUUAUCUGUGUACAACUUUUUUACCAGCAACUUUGCUCCGAUUUACAAUAAUAGCACUUUUUCUAAAAAUAAAUCUAACUGGGGAGGCACUGUAAACAAGUCGUUAUUUAAUUUUCCCACUAGUUUUCCCGAUAAAUGAGACAAAUCACGAAGAAACACGGGAAAACCGAAGGAAAAACUAAGAAUUAUGUAUAAUAUUGUUAACAAAUACUGUUAAAGAAAAUGUAUAAUUCCUAUGUAAUUAUUUUACUAUAUUAUGAUAUAUGUAUAUUGUUGACAAAGCAACCACACUAUCAACUAAACUCUGCUCAGAAUCGUUUUUUUCGUUAGCGAUGGUUUGUGGUUGCUUACAGAUAUAUAUUAAAUUCCCGUCUGUAUCCUACCUUCUCAACUUUUCACCUACACCAACGGCUGCAUCCACGUGCGAAGUUGCCCGGCCUGUCGUCUUCUGUUUUACGUACACGGUACUAUGUUACGGUUAGAUUAGGUACUAUGGUACUACGGUACGGUGUUAUGUUUUAUUGGGAAAUCUCCAUCAUUACUAUUAUUGUGUUCAUCGAUGCGGUAUGUAUAACGCGUGACAAUUCGGCACGGGGCCCGCUUUUGAAUUCAUUUGAAAGCGAAUUAUUCGGACAUUUCAUACUGCCGAGUCGAUUAAUAAUGAUAUGGUUCGAACUACAUUUCUUCGACAAUCGGUUUAAUCGCUUCGGUGUCGUCGUUUAUUAUAGUGUACCAGUCUGAUCGUGGAAGACGUAAACAACAUCGCGCAAAACCGUCGCCGGACGUACCUGGUCCGCGCGCCGCACGGUGUGUUUUGGGUGUUGCUGUCCAGGGCGUCGCGAAACCGAAUACACACGGCGGUGGCCGUGGUGAUCAGAAACAAGCUGCCGACAGAGGCAAACUGCGGCCAGCCCCUGGAUAUCAGGUACCGGAUCAUGUGGGUCGACGCCAACGGCUAUACACGAGGGCGAAACCGGCUCCAGACCGUGAACCGCUGGGUCACGGGGCCGCAAUAUCGUGACAGUAACGGCGUCGUCAAGUUAGAUAUACACUCGAUAGUCCGGUCCCAGUCGGGACGCAUCAAGAUCGGCUGGUUCGCGAGUCCAUCCGUCUAG